GCGAGCAGUUCGAAAUGCGCACCGAAAGGCGCGACGAUCGCUAAAUUAAACAAAGCCAAAUGAAAAUAAAGUAAAGAAAGCACGUAACCAAUAUUCGUGUGGCGCUCUCGCGAGUUGGCAACAGCCCAAAACCAGAACACAAAUAUUUGUUGAAAAUCUCGUGAGUUGGACACAAACAGUAAUUUGAAGAAAUCGCUUUUAAAUAUUUGAUAAAGUCCCCCUUAAUUGCUAAACACAAUAAAAGCAAACCCUACGAAAACUUGCCAGUUGAACAAAAAAAGAAUAUAAUAUAGUACGACAAUAACAAAACGACAGUAAACAAACUCAAAUGGAUAAUAGUGAUACAAACAAAUCAAUAAUACUUGUUAAAAGGAAUACAUAACAUUAUAAUACUAUCUAAUAUCUAAUUCACAACAAAUGAUUAGAAACCAAUUGCUUGGAAGCCAGCAGUAUACUUAACUCUCUGGGCGAUUGAACUCGAUCGCCUGCAUGCGUUUCUGGCCGUAAUCCCCUCCAGCAAGGUGACCAUGUGCAGCCGGAAAUGCUUUCGCAUGCCCACCCUGGUCAUCUGCGGCGUCGUACUGACCAUUAUCCUGGUCUGCAUCACCGGCAUCACGCUGACGAACAGCAUCAACAUAUCGAACAUCGUCAAGCUGCGCGAGAAGGUGGCCAGCGAUUCGGCGGCGGCCAAUGGCGGCCACCAGGCGGCCCAGACGCGGGCGGCACUCGUCGAGCAGCAGUACUCCACGCUGCAGCAGCAUCAUCUCUCCCGCAGCGAUCUCAACUAUAUUCAGGCAGCGACGCAUCCCAAGAAUCUGCAGCGCCAACUCCAGCAGCAGCAACAGCAACAGCAGCAGUUGCAGCAGCAACAGCAACCAAAUAAGAUUGUCAUCGAAAUCGGUUUGAGCAAUGACAGCGGCGCAAGCAGUGCGCCCGCAAGCAGUACCAUUGGUUCAAGCAGCACGGGUCCGCGAAUUCUUCAGGCGGCCGAGGCUCUAAUGGAGGGCAAUGUGGACUCGAUUUCAUUGCCAGCAGCAGCGCCACUAGCAGCAGCUACUACUACUACUACCACUACUACUACUACAAGUUCAGCUAAAAGCUUGGAAAGCGGCCAAGGGAGCAGUACUACCAAUGCAGAUAUUACAAUGGGCAUCGCCGAUCACAAUCCAGGGGGCAUUCAGUUCGAGCGACGCGCCCACGUUAAACAGAUGAUGGAACAUGCGUGGCACAACUACAAACUGUAUGCGUGGGGCAAGAACGAACUGCGUCCACUGUCGCAGCGACCGCACUCGGCCAGCAUCUUUGGAUCCUACGAUCUGGGCGCCACAAUCGUCGACGGCCUGGAUACCCUGUACAUAAUGGGCCUGGAGAAGGAGUAUCGCGAGGGUCGCGAUUGGAUCGAGCGCAAAUUCACAUUGGACAACAUCAGCGCCGAGUUGAGUGUGUUCGAGACGAACAUUCGAUUCGUGGGCGGCAUGCUGACGCUGUACGCCUUCACCGGGGAUCCACUGUACAAGGAGAAGGCCCAGCACGUGGCCGACAAGCUGCUGCCCGCCUUCCAAACACCCACGGGCAUUCCCUAUGCGCUGGUCAACACCAAGACCGGCGUGGCGAAGAACUACGGCUGGGCAUCCGGCGGCAGUUCCAUCCUAUCCGAAUUCGGCACACUGCAUUUGGAAUUUGCCUACCUGAGCGACAUUACCGGUAAUCCACUGUACCGCGAGCGAGUGCAGACCAUCCGCCAGGUGCUCAAGGAGAUCGAGAAACCGAAGGGCCUGUACCCCAACUUCCUCAAUCCCAAGACGGGCAAAUGGGGGCAACUUCACAUGUCAUUGGGCGCACUGGGCGACAGCUACUACGAGUACUUGCUGAAGGCCUGGCUGCAAUCCGGCCAAACGGACGAGGAGGCCCGCGAGAUGUACGACGAGGCGAUGCUGGCCAUUUUGGACAAGAUGGUGCGCACCAGUCCCGGCGGCCUCACCUACGUCUCCGAUCUCAAGUUCGACCGGCUGGAGCACAAGAUGGACCAUUUGGCUUGCUUCUCGGGCGGCCUUUUUGCGUUGGGAGCGGCCACACGGCAAAAUGAUUAUACGGACAAGUACAUGGAGGUGGGCAAGGGCAUUACGAACACCUGCCACGAGAGCUACAUCAGAGCACCCACUCAGCUGGGACCCGAGGCCUUUAGAUUCAGCGAAGCUGUGGAGGCGCGAGCACUGAGAUCGCAGGAGAAGUACUACAUUCUGCGGCCAGAGACAUUCGAGAGCUACUUUGUGCUGUGGCGCCUCACGCACGACCAGAAGUACCGCGACUGGGGCUGGGAGGCGGUCCUCGCCCUGGAGAAGCACUGCCGCACGGCGCACGGUUACUGUGGCCUGCGUAACGUUUACCAGCAGGAGCCGCAGAAGGACGACGUUCAGCAGAGCUUCUUCCUCGCCGAAACACUAAAGUACCUGUACUUGCUGUUCUCGGACGACUCGGUGCUGCCGCUGGACGAGUGGGUGUUCAACACGGAGGCCCAUCCGCUGCCGAUCAAGGGGGCGAAUGCGUACUAUAGACAGGCGCCCGUAACGCUCCCGGUUUCGAACGCAUCGUAAACGGGCGCCAUGCUGCGCCGCUGGCUCUUCGGCCUGUCCCUAGCAAUGCACCUUACUUAGCUCGCGAUAUUUAGAUACCUACACAUGUGUGUACCAGAUCGUAACCUUUAACCUUUUUUUUUUGUUUUGUCUAAGUUAUUAGUUAGAUUACGUGAUGAUGACAACUGCGUACGAAAGAUAUUGUAUGUUUACAAUCAAUCCAGGCACACACACACACACACGAGAAACUGUCAAUGUAACAUAUUUAUAAAGCUUGCACAUAUAUAGGAACUUAAACGUAAACGAAUAUAUCGUAGUUUAGUUCUUAACUGUUUGCACAAGUUUCUCCGAGUCUCUCUUCUUAAUUUAUCUUAUGGAAUUAAUAGUAAUAAUACAAAUAGUUGACAGAGGUGCAUAAUGGGAAGACCUCAAUUUCCAUUUAAAUGCGAAUGACGUAGACGUAGGCAAAACAUCUUGAUAUUAAUUAUGAUAUGAUAUAUAAUAUGAUAUGUACGUGUAAAUGUAAAACUCAGGUGUUCUUAUUAUGAUUUUCCUUGCCCUCACACAAGGCACUUUUUCACUCAACCAGCUACGUAACUAUCUCUUCAAGCAUUCUAUACGCAAUUCUCGAUCUGCGACCAGAUAUCUCUGUGUGGAUUUAUGACCACUUGGCGGGCAUUUCGAUAGAUCUACUCAGCUGAUUUCCAAUUCGACCACUUUGACCACUUUAUUUUGUAUAUAAUUUCUACAGACUUUCCUCGCAAAAUAAAGGCAGAAGGAAAUCGAAUUGAUAUUUAAACGAA